UUUCUAGUAAUUUUUCAUUAUGGUUGCACGUAUUAAUUUACGAUUCGAGAAAAAGUCUUUGUGCUUCAUUGUUUAUUUCUAAUAGAAACCUUUUCGUAGUAGAAAAUUAAUUAAACUAUACAAUAAAAUGGAUUUUGGUACUUUGUUGCAUAUGGCCAAGAAAAAUAGUGAAAAUUCCAAGGAUAAUGGUAAAUAUUAUAGUACGAAAUUUUCCCCUCCUAAGAAGGAGUCCAAGCAGAAGAAACUCUCUGAUAACAUACAAAAAUUUUUGCAAAGGCGUGAGCAAGAAGAGCGAGAACGUCAAAAAGAACAUAAGGAAAAGGUGGCAAAAUUGUUAGCUAUGCGUGAUGAGAAGUCAAAAAAUAAAAUACGAAAAAUGUUAAAAGUUACUAAAUCGGCAAAUAAAUCUGUAUUGGAAGAUGCCAUUGAUAGCGAACACACAGCCAUAACUAGACAAGGUCCUGAUCAGCCUGAUCAAGAUGAUUAUGGGUAUGUCUCAACUGAGGCUAAUGCUUUUUAUCAGAAGUACAUAGAAAAGGUUAAAGAUGUUAAGGAAGAUAAAGGUUUUGCCCCUAGUCGACCUCAAUCGUUGAAAGAUCUUUCUGGUACGAAAGAACGCGUCAAAGCGGCUUUAACGCAAGAAAUAGAAGAGAAAAGUAAUUCUUCCCGUCACAGGCGGGAAGUGCUAAACCUGUCUUCUCCGUCUACUUCCAAUAGUACUAACGCUUCUAAUGGGUCCCGUUCUUGUCAAGCAUCGCAUUCAUCCCGUAAAUCUCUUUAUGAUCCCGAAGCAGAAAAAUUUGAAGAUGAACGCAAGCGUAAAGAAGAAGAAAAAAAGAAAUUGAGAAAUCGAAAACCUCCACCGCCUCCAAUGGACUUCCAAGCCUUAUUAAAACUGGCUGAAAAAAAACAGUUUGAACCUAUAGAGAUUCCAACAGAGGUGAAAAAGAAGGAACCUGAACGUUUAUUGACCUCCAAAGAAAAACGCGAGUUAGAGGAGAGAAGGAAAGCGAAAGAAAAUAGAGAACGCAAAGGAAAGCAACGUGAUGAUGACACAAAUGUCGAUAGAGCACAUAAGGAGCAGAAUAGUAACACAAUAACAACGGAUCGCAUGGAACCAAAUGGACGCAUACCGAAACUUAAUAAUCAAACAUUUAGCAAAUCAAGCGCUCCCUCAAACACAAAAAAUGUUAAUGACGAUAUGAGAAAAUUACCUAACAAAUCAAUAAAUUCUACCAAUGCCACAACGAAGCCCAGUUCUUCGAAACCAUCGUCAACUUCUUUGGCUAAUGUUAAACUUAACGCGAAUAACAAUACAAGCAGUAAUAACAACAAAUCUUACCAACAUUCAAAUAGCAAGUCGAUUGGUGAUGGCAUUAGUAAAAAUACUUACAGCAACGGCAAUAAACCAUCAUGUAAUAAUUCGACACGGGACAUGAAAACUCAAAAUGCAAAAACAUUUCCGCAUCCAGAUACGCAAAAAUCACGACAUAUUCCACUUGAAGAUGUUAGAAAAAAAUCAGUUGACAAUAGGACUAGUAAUAAAAAGCCUAAUAUGGCAUCCAAAAGGCGAAUUUUGGAGGAUGAAGAUGAUUCAGAAUAUGAUUCGGAAAUGGACGAUUUUAUUGAUGAUGGUGAUGCCGAAGAGGACUAUUCAACACAUAUUAAAGCCAUAUUUGGAUAUGAUAAGUCCAGGUAUCGUGACUUGGACGAAGAUGACGCUGCAAUGGAAUCGAGUUUUGCUCAAGUUCAAAGGGAAGAAUAUAUUAGCAAAAAAAUUGGUAUACAAGAAGAUUUGGAAGACAUGAAACUAGAAGCUAUGGAAAAGAAACGCAAAAUGAUGAUGAAAAAAAGACGUUUAAAUAAUUAGAUGAAAUAGAAUCUUUUUUUCUUGUUAAUUUUUCGUGAAUUUUUUAAAUUUGUUGCACAUUUUUUUUUUUCAGUGAAUAUCAUUUCCUUUUUACUUUGGAUUGUAAACUUUGUUAUUCAACCGUAUAGCUGUACACUUAAAUAUAAUGUUAACGUGCUUAGAUACGCUAAUUUCAUACCUAUACGUAUGUAUAUACAUAUA